AUGAGAUUAAAUCACAUUAUAUUCCUGGCAGCCGCGGCCGGCUCCGCGGUGGCGGUUCCUUUCAAGGAUCACGCAAAGAGAGCCUCUGCCUUUCAAUGGUUUGGGUCAAAUGAAUCGGGAGCCGAGUUUGGUUCGGGCAACAUCCCUGGUGUCUGGGGAACCGAUUAUAUCUUCCCAGAUACCAGUACCAUUCAGACCCUGAUAGGCAAGGGGAUGAAUAUCUUCCGGGUUCAGUUCCUGAUGGAACGGCUUGCGCCGAAUGGCAUGACUGCAUCAUUCGACAGUGCUUAUCUGAAAAACCUGACGACGGUGGUGAAUUAUAUCACCAACGCUGGCGCGCACGCUGUCAUCGACCCGCACAACUACGGGAGAUUCAAGGGUGCUAUUAUCUCCAGCACCUCGGACUUCCAGGCGUUCUGGGAGAAUGUUGCUGGUCAGUUCAAAUCGAACAGCCUGGUCAUUUUCGACACUAGUGAGUGUACCCAAAACAAUGCUCGCAAAGGGAGCCGUUCUGACGUCUUCCCUCCAGACAAUGAGUACCAUGAUAUGGAUCAAACCCUGGUCCUCGAUCUUAACCAAGCCGCAAUCAAUGGUAUCCGCGCGGCAGGCGCGACAUCGCAGUACAUCUUCGUCGAGGGCAACUCGUGGACCGGUGCUUGGACCUGGACCACCGUGAACGACGACAUGAAGAACCUGACCGACCCGCAAGACAAAAUCGUGUACGAGAUGCAUCAGUACCUUGACUCUGAUGGGUCUGGCACCAGCGAGACGUGCGUGUCGACGACGAUCGGUAAGGAGCGGGUCACCGCCGCAACGCAGUGGCUCAUCGACAACGGCAAGGUUGGUAUCUUAGGCGAGUUUGCCGGCGGUGUGAACAAUCAGUGCAAGUCCGCUAUCACCGGUAUGCUGGACUAUCUCGCCGAUAACUCCGAUGUCUGGAAGGGGGCGAUGUGGUGGGCCGCGGGCCCUUGGUGGGGAACAUAUAUCUUCAGUAUUGAGCCUCCAAGUGGUGUUGCUUAUACCGGCAUGUUAUCGACUCUGCAGCCGUAUUUCCAGUGA